GUAAAAUGACAGAGUGCUACUUAUAAUUUAAAAUCCAGGUAUUUUAAGUAACUUUUUAAGGUUAGGAUUACUUUUGUGAUUCUUUAAAUACAAUAGUAAUUUAUCUUAAAAAUGGCAAAGAGUGCUGUCGAAUUUUUCUCUUAUACCGAGAAAGAUUUUCAUUUUCAAGUUCAAUGCAAUAAUGAAGACUCAAAUUUUGAUAUAUUAUUGAAAAGAAAGUGGGCUAAAGCUGAAGAAGAUAAUUUGCUUCGUUAUUCUGUGAAAGUACAACAAACUAAAGUUGUCGAAGGAAAAUACGGAUUUUAUGCUCAGUUAAAUAUUGAAAGAGCAACAUUGCGAAGGAGACCAGAUGAUAUUACAUCGAUGAUUCAGCCAUUCGAUUCUGAGAAAUUUAAUUUCAUGAAAAUACCACAGAAUGAAAUAUUAUUCAAUAUUGGAAAUUGCGAUGAAAAUGAUAUUAUAGCUGUUAAUGUUAGUCCUAUUCUUUGGGGUCACAGUUUAUUCGUGUCCAAAUGUACGAGUGGAUUGCCACAGCAAGCAACAUUGCAUAGCUUUAAAAAAGCUAUAGAAUUAGUUCUACUUAGUAAUUCAGAGAACAUGAGAGUCUUAUUUAAUAGUUUAUGCGCAAAUGCAUCUGUUAAUCAUUUACAUUGGCAUUUUUAUUAUCUUAAUCAUAGGAUGUUACUUGAGUCGAUAUCAUUGGAAUAUUUUAUUGGCUCAGUUUACAUUCUUCAUGACUUUCCAGCCAAGGGAUUUUGUAUUAAGUUUUCAUCAUUCGAUUAUCAGGAUAUUAAUAAAUACGCCUCUUAUGCAUAUAAAAUUGUUUCCUGCCUUCAGGAAAAUCAAAUUGCACAUAAUAUAUAUAUUACUAGAUCUAAAACAGACAAAGAUAAAGACAUUUUUGAUGAUAUUCGCAUUUAUAUUUGGGCAAGAAAGCCUAGUUACGGUAUAAAAAAUACUAAUGAUUUUAUUAUUGCAGCGUGUGAACUUUUUGGCCAUUUACCAAUAAGAUCUCAAGAAGCAUACGAGUCUAUGCACGAGCAGUAUAUAAGCGAAUAUUUAAAUGAUAAUACUAACGAUGCAUUUUUAUCUGCCCAGAAAUUAAUCGAAGAAAUUCUGUCUCAGAAUGUAGAAAACAAAAACGAUCUUACACUCUCAUAGUUCGAUAAUACACAAUAGAAAUUA